AUUAAACAUGUUUCUAUUUGUAUCUAGUUCUCAACUAAUCCACUUCUUAUAUGUUUCAUAGUGUGGACCGUCGCGGCAAAAGCCCCGAGACGGGUAUACACUGGAAGAAUGACGCCAUUCUCGAAGAGCGAUCCUACUUCAGGAUUGGAACAGAACCCCCUACCCUUACCAUCGACAACGUCGAAGAACGCGACGAAGCGAUAUACAGAUGCAGAGUUGACUUCAAAACUUCUCCAACAAGAAACUACAAAAUAAAUCUUACUGUUAUAGUCUCCAAACGACUCCUACGUAAGAAUGACAAAAGGCAAGUUGGGAAGUUGGGCGGAGACGACUGUAAGUGGAGUUUGGAUCAGUUGGAGGGGCUCUCGUCCACAACUGACUCAACGUCAUCACACUUUAACGAGGCAAGUUCCCUUAAUUUACAACUGUUAGGGCAUUGGGUUACGUAG